UAUGGUCAGAACUGCUCCUUGAGAUGUGAGAAAUGUGUGAAUCAAUCUUGUGAUCAUAUAUCCGGCAGCUGCCAUUAUGGGUGUGAACCAGGAUGGAAAGGCCCUCAAUGUUCUGGAGUCAAUUACUUGAAAGUUGAAAGUGCAGAAGAUUCUCUUACUGUUGGAUUGAGUGUUGGAGCAAGUUUAUUCCUCGCCAUAAUUUUGGUUUCAUUGACACUAUUUUUAAGAUAUAGAACAAAAACACAAAAGGAAAAAGUAUUAUUUGAAAGUAAGGAAAUGACAAUACUUCAGACAAUGGAUAUUAAACAGUCACCAGGGAAGCUAAAUUCCAAAUUAUCCAAAACGAGCAAUGCAUCAAAUGUUGUUGAAUCAACCUUAAAACAAUCGGACAAUGGACAGGCAAGAGAUCCAAGAGGUGGAUUGACCCGCACAAAGAAAGUGAUAUUGAUUAAAAAUUUACAUAACGUUAUAGAGAAAAUGGCACUUUGUGAAAAUGCUGGAUUUGGAAAUGAAUAUAUGGAAAUAAAGAAGGGCGAGAUCUAUCCUUCACUAGAGGCCAAAAAGCCUGAAAAUGUGCCAAAAAACCGUUACAAAACGACGUAUGCUUAUGACCAUUCUCGCGUAGUUCUCUCAAAAUUAUCAAAUGAAACCGAUUACAUAAACGCAAAUUUUAUUGAGGUAAGUAGUAUUUGUCCUCAAGCUUUGCAUUUUCUAAGAAAUAUUUUCUUUUGU